AUGAAACGCAGACACCUCGUUCCUAUGAUAGAUGAAGAAAAUAUGAAUGAAUUCAUUCAAGAAAUUAAACAACAACCCAAAAGAAAGGGAUUAAGAAAGGAUGAAAAUGGUAUAUGGAGAAGAAGGUCUUUGUCAAAUGAACGUAAUUCUCCAAAUAAAGAAAAUAAGAAAGUUAUUGAGACAAAGCCAAUCAAAUCAAUCAAUAAAUCAAUAAAAAAUAAUAAAACAAUAUUGUCUUUUCAUCAAACAAAAUUUGAUAAUGAACAAAAAAGAAAAAAAGAAAAAUCAAUGAAAGAUGAAGAAAAAGUAAUAAAUGAAGAUAAUGAAUUGAGUGAUUCAUUGAUUCAAUUCUUAGAUCAGAUUGAGGCAAAUGAUAAUCAAGAAAAUAUGAAAGAACAAAUUAACCAACCAAAUUUGAGUUCAACAACAGAACAUUCUCUUUCUAUCUUACCUCAUCUUUCUAUCAAAGAAAGUCAACAAGGUGUUGAAGAAAAAAAAAAUAAUAAUAAAAAUAUUCAACAAAAGAAAGAAGAACCUGUUGUUAUUAACCUUGUUGAAUCUCCAUCGAAAGAAGAUAGUUCAGACAAUGAAUGGAGUCUCCCAGCAUUUUUACCAAAAAGAAUAAGAUCAAUAUCAAAAGAAGAAGUUAUUAAACUAGACAAAAAUAUAUAUCGUAAUAAUGAUGAAUAUUAUGGGGAGUCCUCCCACUCAAUUUAUGUUGCAUCUCAAGCUGGGUGUAUUGACAAUGUUUCUGAUGAUGAAGAUGAAUUUAAACAAGAUGAAGUAACACCAUCUCAACAAGAAUUCAUAAAUGAUGAAUUACCAACACAAAGGUUUGAACCAGCAUUUUAUGCAGCAAGUUUGUCAUCACAAUGUCCCCAAGGAUUUUCAACAUCAAAAAGAGAGAGAAUGAUAAAGAAAUUAUAUGGAAAGACAACAAGAUUUUCCUUUCAUUGA